UUGUAGAGGAACGAAAUUGAGCCCAUAGUAGCCACUCCGCCCUCUCCCUUGUUCGAGGCCACUGCGGCAGUGGGGAAUCUGCACCUAGUCGGGACGGAAGUGAAUGGGUUCCGCCCCCUUCCUCAUCUCUUCCUCGCCUUUUGGGGCCAGCUUCCGUGUGGAGUGGGUGCUCUUGUGUUUCUCAGGGAGCCUGUGCCGCUCACGCUUGUGACUCCUGGUGUGGAUGCGCGUGUGCGUGCGCGCGCGCGUGCACUGCCCCUCGUCCCCAGGCUGUGCUGCGCCGGGAUGCUGUGCUCAUCAUGGAGACCAAACGAGUCGAGAUUCCCGGCAGCGUUCUGGAUGAUCUUUGCAGCCGAUUUAUUUUGCAUAUUCCCAGUGAGGAAAGAGACAACGCUAUCCGAGUGUGCUUUCAGAUUGAACUUGCCCAUUGGUUUUAUUUGGAUUUCUACAUGCAGAACACACCAGGAUUACCUCAGUGUGGGAUAAGAGAUUUUGCUAAAGCUGUCUUCAAUCAUUGUCCUUUUUUACUGCCUCAAGGUGAAGAUGUACAAAAAGUUUUAGAUGAAUGGAAGGAGUAUAAAAUGGGAGUACCAACCUAUGGUGCAAUUAUUCUUGAUGAAACACUUGAAAAUGUAUUAUUGGUUCAGGGUUAUCUAGCAAAAUCAGGCUGGGGAUUUCCAAAGGGAAAAGUAAAUAAAGAAGAGGCGCCACAUGACUGUGCUGCUCGAGAGGUCUUUGAAGAAACUGGUUUUGAUAUAAGAGAUUACAUUUGUAAGGAUGAUUACAUUGAACUAAGAAUCAAUGACCAACUAGCUCGUUUGUACAUCAUCCCAGGAAUUCCAAAGGAUACAAAAUUCAACCCCAAAACCAGAAGAGAGAUUCGGAAUAUUGAUUGGUUCUCAAUUGAGAAAUUGCCCUGCCAUAGAAAUGACAUGACCCCAAAGUCAAAACUUGGUUUGGCACCUAACAAGUUUUUCAUGGCCAUUCCGUUUAUCAGACCGUUAAGGGACUGGAUUUCUCGAAGAUUUGGGGAUUCCUCAGACAGUGAUAAUGGGUUUUCCUCAGCUAGUGGGACGCCAGCCAAACCUAGUGUGGAGAAAAUGAGUAGAUCUAAAUUUCGCUACAACCAGCAGUUGUUUCCAGAUUGUUCUCCAGGUGACCAGUGGGUGAAACACAGGCAACCACAGCAACAGAAACCAUUUAAUAAUCAUUCUGACAUAUCUGAUCUUUUAAAAACAAAGCAGAAUCAGAAUAUGAGAGGAAAUGGGAGAAAACAGUAUCAAGACUCCCCUAACCAAAAGAAGAGAACAAAUAUAGUUCACAAUCAGCAGCCUAAACAGCAGAACCACACAUUGAAAUGUGAAAAAAAACUUCAUCUAAGGAAACUACAGGAUAAUUUUGAAACAGAUGCAGUAUAUGAUUUUUCUUGCUCCAGUGAAGACCAGCUACUAGACCAGAUGGAGGCACAUUCUAUAGCAUGUAACGAAGACUGCAAGUUCAUGUUUUCAUCAAGAGCGUUUUUGAACUUCAAGUUUGACUACGAUGCCAUAAUGAAGAACUUUGACCUUUGAGAGAGACUAGAGUAUUUAGGAAGCCUCGAGAUCAAAGAGUCCCAUUGCCAUUAAGUGGUUGUUAAUUAAGCCUUACCUUUCUCAGGUGACAAAAAGUACAGGGAGGCAAUGGUGUUAAUGAAGAGAUUAUCCUCUUUGCAGAAGAAUGGUGUAAAAAUAUACUUGCACUGUAAAUGCAGUAUGGCAUUUAUACAUACACUUACCUUUUCAGUGUUCAACUCACUAGCUGAGCAUUGUGCUUGUGAGGGCAUUCUGUAUGGCUGUGAGGUAUUUUGUGUUCUCAGUGGAGGUAGCAUUAAUAUUUUAUUAACAUCUUAGAAAAGUUUGGUGCUUAGGCAGAUGGAAAAAUUAGGAAGGAAUAUAUCCCUCUUUUCUUUAUUGGGGUAUUUUUUGGGGUACUCUAACUAGUAAUUACUGAUUUCUGAUCAUGAUUGCUAAAGUGGUUUCAAAUUCAAGAUCUCAUCAAUCUGCUUUUGGGGUAUUUCAUAACAGUUUUCUGCCUCCAGUUGCUUAAGCUGUUGAAAACCCUAAAAAAGUUUUGUGUUGAGACAUUAUUAGAACUUGAUAUCCAUGUUCAUGAUGAACUCCAAAGCUCUUUUUUCCUCAAAUCUUUGUAAUGCCAUAGUUUGCACUUCUUUGAGAUUUUAUACUUAGAAAAUAUAAGUUGCAAAGUUCAGUCCAGUUUCCUUUUUCCUAUAAGGACAACUAAUUUUUUCAGAAGUGGAAUUAAAUUUGUUGGAGGUAGCAGAGCUAAAGAAGAUUUUUACUUUGAUUUUUCCUGCAUAUAGCUGAGCCUUGUGAGGCUUGUGGAGUGAGAGGUGAAGGCCUGGACACAGGUGCUGCUUUUAUCUCAUCAUUUUAACUUCAACUUUUUUCUAAUAUGUAUUUUAGUUUUUUCUUUGCUAUGAUAUUUUCCCCAUAAGAUAAUAUGUAUAUGUAUGAAACCAUUAUUAUUGAACUUUAUGUAAGGAUUAUAUCAGGGCAGCUAUAUGGAAAUUGGUAUUCCAUUUUCCAAUGGUAGUAGUGUGACCUAGAGCUAAAAAAUUAGGCAUGCUACAGCCCCUGGAUAAUAGAAUGAGAUGGCAUCUGUUUCACUUUUAUGUAUGGUUAGGAAAUAAAAACAACAACAAUAUUUUGUAAUUUCAUCUCAUUCUUUUAAGAAUGUAUUUUGCAGCUUGAGGAUUAUUGAAUCACAUCUAAGUAGAUAAUAUGCAUUUUUAGUGAAGAUUUGGCUUUAAUUGAAGACAAUCACCAGGGAUGAAGGUGCUUUAAUAUUUUGUGUCUGACCUCAAGUGAGGCAUUUGUGUAAGAGAGAGUUGAGGAGUAGAGCAGAUUGUGGGAUAUAUGAGAACACACCUUUAUUCUAUGUUCUUAUACAGUUUUUAAAAACUCUUUUAAUGUGUGGUAUCCACAAAAUACAUCCCUACUGUCAGAUCUUAUUGUAAGCACCCUUCAUUCUAUAUAACUAGCCCAUCUAAAACAAACUCUUAUUUAACCUGGAAGAGCUAUUUUAGAGAUAAGAGCUAUUUUAUUAAUCAUGCAUUGGCUUUUAAAUGGGAAAUUUAUAUUUAUUGAGAACAGUUUUUUACCUCUUUGGUACUAGGCCGGUAGGUGUUGUGUGUCUAGUCACCUAUGUGUGGAGUGAAAUUCUGAGGGUAUUUGUACUCCCAUGAAUCACUCUAAUGAGCAGACAGGAGACUAAUGCUAGCAGAGUUCACGUGGCUUUAUUCAAAGGCUUGGGGUGGGGCAAAGAGUGAGGGAACAUUACCUGGGCCUAGACAGCAUCCUUACAAGGGUGGUACAAGGGUGGGGCAGGGAAGAGACCACCUGGGCAUAUAUAGUAUUCUCCCAAGGGGUGGGGCAUAGGGGGAGAGAGAGAAAGAGAGAGAUUGGCUCCAUAGGUUUGGGGUCUCAGAAGUGGGCACCAAUGUCUAGAUUUGCUCAGAUUUUAUAGGGAUCCAACAUAAUGCUAGCUCCACUUUCCCAUCAUCUGUAUCUUAUUCUAACCACCUUCUUCUAUCCUCCUUAAUCCUUCCCAAUGCUUCUGACAUUUCCAAGCAUAUGGGAAUAUUCCUUAGGUUUACAGUUUUUAGUUGAGUCAGGAUUUUAGGACUAUCCAAGGAUUUAUCAGAUUGCAACAAUUCAGGUGGAAACAUUCUUUGAAACAUUUCUUCAGGCUAUAGCAUCGCAACAUUUCUUGGGACAUGUAGUCAAAAUUAUAACUUGUAAAAUUUGAGAUUUCUCUCAUAGGAAUUAGGUCAUCCCUAAACUUCUUCCCCCAGAAAUAGAAGAAAAGGAGGGAGUUGUCUCAUAGCCACAUUUGAAAAGACUAUAUUAAAGGCUUACAUUGUUAUAUAUAUACAUAUAAAGCUGCUUGGGAAGGGGGUUUCUUUUACUAUUCAAAAGGAGAGAUGGAUCUGUCCUAGUGGAGGGCACCUAGCUUCACUGUUUUUCUAUAGGAAGUUAGCAAUCUAUGAUUACUAAUACUAUUGCUAUUGAGGAAUAAUGUACAAUUUCAUCCCACAUAAUCCUCCUAAUUUUCACUUCAAAGUUUGCAUUAUUCCUCCUCCCAAAGGCCUUCUCGCCCAUAGAUCCAAAGCAUUGCUUCUGCUUCAGUAUCUUUCUUGGUCUCAUCUUUCAUUUUUUGCUUUGUUAAAAUCAUUAGUCUAGGAACCUUCUGGUCAGGAUGUGGUUUUUGAAUAACAAUAAGUAUAUUUUCUACAUUUCUUUGAAUCAUAAUAAAACAGGGUGCCAAGCAAGGCAUAAGCAUAAGAAUACAGAUAAUAAUGAUUAUGGCUGGAAUAACAUGUAUCCAAUGUCUGUCAAACAUUUUCCACCAUUCAGUCCAUGGAGCGGUAUUUGCCUGAGUUUCUCUUCAAUUGUUCUGAGAGAACACUUCGUUUUUUAAAUGCUCUUGUAACAGAUCCAUCUGGGGAUGUAUUGUUGGGUAUAUAGGCACAGCAAGAUCCUCCUGUCAUAAUACAAACUCCUCCUUCUUUUGCCAGUCAUGUCCAAGGCAACUCUAUCCCAUGUCAUUCAACUACGUGCAUCCAGUUGCUGUGUUAAACCCACAAUUGCAUCUCUAGUGUAGUUUAUAAAUCUCUGCUGGUUGUAGUAAAUGUAGUUGAUCCAAUUUAUAUUCUUAUUUAUAGUUGCUCACCAGAAAAGGGAUUCCACACUGGCAGCUAUCUCUUUUCUAGCCUUGAAUUUAGCCGGGUUUCCCCUGGGUACCCCAAUAAUAUGUAGGUAUACUGAGGGAUCAGUUGAGCCUUGAGGGACAUUUCUCUUUAACCUUGUUUUGCCUUUGUCCUGGGUUUGAUUCAGAUACAUUACAGUAAAGGGAAUGGUGAAUUUCACUAGAACACACAUACCAGUCCAAUUUGCCAAUACCUUUCUCAGCAUAGGUUCUCCACAGGACUAUCAGAGAUCCACCUUUGCUAUGUUCAGGUUACAAAAUUCAGGCAUAUUAGUCAAGUCCCAAAUAUGUGAACGCCCCAGCUAUCGCAGGCCAAAGAUACCUCCUGCAUGUCGUGAGAUACAUGCUGAGUGUUCCUAGUAACCUCGUCUUGCAAUGCUCUGGGGUCUGUUCCCCAAAGAGCUUAACCAUACAUUUGAAUUCAGUCUCAAACUUAUCUAGCCCCAUUGGAAAUGGAGCAAUAUAUGCUCUAGGCCUUCUGCUUGCAUAGAUGUAACAGUUCAAUUUUCCCAAUUUACUAGCAGUAUAUCUGACCCAUUCACAGCAGGUAUUAGUGUCAAUAUGUCCUGUUUCUAUUUCAAGACUUGCCUUAAACCCUCAGCAGUUGAAAUGUCAUAUUCAACCCAGAGACCUCCUAUAAAAACUGUAGGCUGAAUAUUUUCUGAUGCUAUCAUUUUGCUACUCAGACUUCCUCCAUUACUGGGGCAAUCAGAAAUUUAUCAAAAUACUCAUAUCCAUAUCUUCUUAUUCCAAAUUCAUACGAGCCUGCCCAUUCCUCCCUAAAAUUUGUAAUAGGAAUAAGAUGUAGUUGUUAUUAUUAAUGGGCUGGUAGAUGGUAAAAGCCUUAUUCCAUUCUAAAUUUUUGGGUCUGGCUGUCCAAUCUCAUGGUUCACUUGACUGUCAUACCAAUGGGGGGCGGGUGGCUAGUUUGCCCUGGAGGGCAAAGAUAUUUUGGAUUGAUCCUAAGACCAGCCAAUUCUUUAAAAUUUUUUACAUUUAAGUGUCUCUAGGAGACAGCGUAAGUCUAUCUGGAUUGUCUGAUCUCCUUCUCCUAUCUGGAAUUCAUACUCUUUGUUCACUUCUUCUGAGCCUAUUAGUAGUGAUCCUGCAUCGUAGGUUUUUAAAAUGGUGCCUGUCACACCAUUAAAACUUCCAACAAUAACCAUAAUUCUUUGUUCCACCCCUAUUCUUAAUAGGGAGUCUGUAUAUAAGAUAUCCCACUUCUAUUCUCAAUAGGGAUCAAAAUUCUUUGUCUCACCCCUAUUCUAAAAAAAAAGCAACCCAAAAACACCAGAAAAUAUAGUAUGGGAGAAGGGGCCUUGAGUUCAGAGUUCUUGGCAGCCUCUUCAAGUUAUCAGUCUUUUCAAAGUAACAGUUCAGUUUGCUGCAGCCUUUCUCACAGCUUCAAAGGUCAGUCAGUGGAAGUCUCAGCAAUCCAGGCAGUUGGAGACUCAACUGGGCUUUUUACUCUAGUAUAGUGGGUCCAGCCACUCUUUGCAGUUCAAACAGCUGUAUCAGUUGUCAACAGGACCUGAAAAGGGCCUUCUCAGGUUGGAGUUAGUUUUCCAUCUUUCCUGGAUUUGAUAAGAACCCAGUCCUCUGGUUGGAACUUAUGAACUGGAAAGCCUAAAGGAGGUGUCUGUCCAAGUAAUGCUUUCUUUUGUAGGGAAGACAAGUUUAGAGCAAGAGCAUGUAUAUAGCUUCUUAAAAACUUAUCCCUGCUUUCCCAAUGGGGUGGGUCCCCACUCUAUCUGGAGGGGUAAGGAUGUCCAUACAUCAAUUCAAAUGGGGACAGCCAAACAUCUCUUCAGGGCUUAGUCCUCAAUCUCAGCAAUGACCGUGGCAGGCAUAGAGUCCAAGGUAACUGGAUUUCCAGCAUCAGCUUGGUGAGUUGUCUCUUUAAAUCUUGGUUUACUUUUUCUACUUUCCCACUAGAAGGAGGAUGCUAUGGCAUGUAGAAAUCCCAGGUGCUUGUGCUAUUCCUUGUAAUAUUUUGGAGGUAAAGUGGGUUCCAUUAUCAGAAUCAGUUAUCUGGUAGACCAUAUCUGGGAAUAAUUUGUUCCAAGUAAAAUUUUGGUUACUACCAGAGCAGUUGCUCUGGGAGUUGGAUAAGCCUCUAUCUAGGAUGUUAGGUGAUCUGCCACCAUGAGAAGGUACUUUGCUGUUCCAAUCGGUACCAUCUCAGUAAAAUCUACUUGAAUACUUUGAAAUGGCUGAAGCCCUGGAGCCCUUCUCCCUUGGGGUGGCUUCUCAAACUGUUUAUUAAUUUUCUUGCAAAUCAAGCAGGAGUCUACCAUUUGUUUUGCAAUAGUGUAUAACCCAGUGCAAACAUUUUGUGCUAAAAUUAAGUCACAAAUAUUCUGGACUCCCCAAUGGCUGCCUUGGUGCAGAUGAUUUAAGAUUCUUCUAGCUAUAGCUUGAUUAAUUAUUUCUCUUCCAUCAGGCAGUAGCCAUCUUUCAUCCUUAGUUUUUUCUCCUCCCGUAGCUUUUCUCUUAUCUACCUCUGGCUCUAUAAAGACUGGCUUUCCUAUGGUAUGAGUGGCAGCAUUGGAAUCUCAUCUUCCUCAAUUCCAGCUCUCUUAGCCUCUUCAUCUGCUAGACUAUUUCCUCUGGUUUCAAAGGAGUUACCUUUUUGAUGCCCAUUCACAUGGAUCACAACUAAUUGUUCUGAUUCUAACAUGUUUUCAAGAACUUUCUUUAGCAAUUAAUGUGUGCCAACUCUUUUUCUUUCUCGUUUAAAUUUUUCCAAAUAAAUGUACUACUCCCCAUACAUACUUUGAAUUGAUAUAUAUAUAUAUAUAUAUAUAUAUAUAUAUAUAUAUAUAUAUAUAUAUGGUUUGUUUUUUUUUCCCCCUCCUCAGUCUUCCAGCAAUUUUAGAGCCUGGUUUAGAGCAUAGAGCUCACAAGUUUGUGCUGACUGUUUGCUUGGGAGACGGCCUCUCUCUACUAGGGCUGCUUCAUCCCCAUUGCAUAAUCAUUUCUCCUUUUUCCAUCUACUACCCAUGAGGAUCCAUCUAUAAUUAAAUUCACUUUUCCAGGGAUUGGUGUUUCCUGCAAAUCUUCCCUGGCUUUUGCUUGGAAAUCAAUAAUAUCUAAACAAUCAUGUUCAGUCUCUCCAUGAUUUUCUUAUCCAGUUUCCCAUAAGAACAUGGCAGGAUUCAAGUUUGAAUCAGUUGCAAGAAAUGGAUCAUCUUUUCCCAAUAAAAUUGCUUCAUAUCUUAAUAUCCUAGAAUCAGUCCUUUGGUGUAGAAUUGUUUGGACUUGGUGGGGUGCUAACCACUAGGGUUCCUCCAAAAGUUAAUUUUCUACUUUCUUCUACCAAAACUGCCAUCCUCUUGCAGUCGGAUCAAGGAUUUUAGAUAAGAAUGCUACUGGUUAUCUUUGCCCUCCCCAUGUUUGUAUGAGGACCCCCAAGGCUAUUCCUUGGUCCACUGUGGCAAAUAGGUGAAAAGGUUUACUGAAAGAAGGUAAGGCCAAUACUGGAGCUGAUUUUAAAGCUUUCUUCAAUUCUAAAAAAUUUUCUUUCCCUUCUGAAUCUCAUUGUAUGGGAUCUGGAGAUUCUUCUAAGAGAUGAGCAUACAAUGGCUUUGUAUAUGUUGCUUAAUCAUCUAUCCAGAGUCUACAAUAGACUAUAGAAUAGAAAUAUAACUACAAUAGAAAUAUACAAUUUCCUUAAGUUCUUUUUUUGUUCGAGGGAGUUCAAAUUGUAUAGUUGCAGAUACUCUGGCUGGGUAUCCUUCUCCCUUCACUAAUGCAAUGUCCUAGGUACUUAACUCCUUUCUCUGCAAAUUAUAACUUUCCUUUUGACACCUGUAUUCCUUUUCCUCAAAAGUUCAAUAAAUUAACUAAAGUAGUUACUAUGCUAGAUAUGUCAUCUAUGUGCUGGAGGAGUGUGACUUGGGCUGGGGGUUUAAAUCCUUCUAAAAUUCCUUCAAGGACCUGGCCGGAGACAUUUGGGGAGUUAAUUGAAACCCUGUGCUAGGACACACCAUCAAAAUUGCCUUUUUCUUCUUGUUUUGGGGUCUUCCCAUUCAAAUGUAAACAAAUCUCUACUGUUAGGGUGCAAAGGGAUUGACCAAAAAGCACCUUUCAAAUCUAUCACAGUAAAAUAUGCACUGCUGUGUGGAAUCUUACUCAUCAAAGUAUAAGGCUGAUUGGCAACCCUCUAAUAAACUGUCCUCUAGCAAGGCUGUUAUCACAGGCUUCAAUCCUCUUCUUCCUUCUAGUGAAAUUUUGCCUGGUUUUAACAACAAAAAAAUAUUUUCUGGUUUUAACAAUCUGGACUGACUCUUUUAAUUGGAUUUGUAAAGGAGGCAUUUUGAUUUUUCCUCUAUUUCUAGGUCCUGCUGAGACUUGAGGAUUUAUUUGUCUUUCUUCAUCUUUUAAGAAAAAGCUGCUUACAAAGUAGCUAGGAUCCUCUUCCUGCUCACACUGAAAUGUAGAUUCAAUUUUGUAAUCAUAUGUCUUUCUAAUAAACUAAUGCCUACCUCAGGAAUCAGGAGAAAUUGUCCAAAUAUUUUCUCCUGCUUAAAUUUUAGUUAGAGGCUGUGUCAUGGAGGCAGAGAAUCUCUCCCCUUUUAUCCCAAACACCAUGAGUUUUUGAUUACUUAGUUUAACUCUGAGAGGUGAUGACAAGGGAGCUCCUUACUGCUCCUGUAUCAAUUAAAAAUGCUAUUUCUACUUCCUGGUUCCCCACCUGCAAGGUUAUCAUGGGCUCUGGGUGGAGUUCAAAAGAUCCCUGACUGUCAAUUUUCUGUAUCUUCAGAGAGCGCAUAAAUCAUACUUUCUUUCUCUUGUUUAGGACAUUUUGGCUUUUUUAUUCACUUUUUUUCCACAUUUAAAGCAUAUUAAAGGAGUUCUUGCUCUUUCAGGGAAUUUUCCUGACCCUUCUGAUGUUUCUUCCUUUCAAGAAAUCAUAUUCUAUCUUGUCCUUCCUUUUUGUUUUCCUCUUCUGUUUAGAAUCACUCUCGGUCACUUCUUUAAUUGCUCUCACAAAGGUUCUAGUUUUUUCCUUGCCUCCAUCUUCUUCUCUCCUGACAAAUAUCAGCUAGCCUUGCUGGAGUAAUUCAUCAAGGGGUUUCAUUAUCCAUUCUUCUCUAAGUUUGUUUUCCAUAUAUCUGGCCAUAAAUUUGUGACAAAAUAGUUCUUUAAGAGAAUUUGUCCACCAGGCUCAGUCAAGUCUACUCCAGAAUAUUUGCUAAAUGCCCCUCAAUCUAUGUAUAAAUUCAGUUGGAGUCUUCUCCUUUUUCAGUUUGGUUACAUAAACCUUAUUCAUAUUUUGAUUCCGAGGUCCUGCUUUCCUUAUCCCUUGAAUGAUCAUUUUUCUAAGAUCUCGCAUAUUUGUUUGAUGGGUGGGCUCAUUAUUAUGCCAGCCAGGGUCUUUUAUAGGAUAUUUGGCCUCACCAUUUGAACCUCCUUCCUCCUCUGUGUGUUCAUGGUCCCAUUCUCUUAUAGCUGCUCUUCUAAUCUGACCUCUUUCUUCCUCAGUGAAUAAUUGCUUCAUAAUUGCUAUCAUCUCUGGCCAUGAAUAUAAAUUUGGCCCUAAAAAUUUAUCAACUUGAUCAGCAACACCAAUAGGAUCUUCUAACAGAACUUUCAUGUCCUUUUCUGUAUCUCAGAGGCACUGAGAGGUGCACUAAUAUAUCCUAGCCCCUGUCGUCCUGGCACUUCCCUGAGUUUGCUUAUUGCAGAUUGCUUAGCAUGUCUCCAGAAGGGAAGUUCUUCUGGUCCUCUAGUCACCUCUUCUCUAUUUACCUCUUCAUAGAGGUCUGGUGGAGGAGUAGCUAUUAUCUCUGCUUCUGCUCUAGGCUUUGGCAGUAGGGGAGACAAUGGAACUAUUGGUGCUACAGGAGGCACUGAUACUGGUUCUGGUUCUAUUUGGGCUGCUGGUGCUGGCACUGGAGGUGGCACUUGGGGAGUAGGAGGGAUCAAAUACAGGAGAGAGACUCUAAUGGAUCCCAGGCCUUCUCUAUUUCCUACCAUGUGAUUCCUUUAUCUUCUCUGCUAUUAUAACUGUUAGAGCCAAUGCUGUUUCCUCCUGCUUUUUCUCUCAUCACUAAAGUGCAGCACAUGCUAUCUCCCUAUCAUUUGUAAAUUUUCUCCCAUUAACAGUCUCAUUUAGGUUCUCACAGACUGUAUAAUCAUUAGAUCCACAUUUUUGCCCGAGGGCAUGGGUCUGUCAGUCAAUCUCCACACCUGCCCAAUGAAAAUAGCAGUACUCCAUGAAUGUGCCUGGGUCAAAAUGUUCAUACUGAGGGGAUUUUUCCAGGCAUCUAAUUGAGCCCUUAAAGGACUAUCCUUAGGAAUUGUGUUCACUUCUUUUUGUAUGGAUCCAUGUCCUGUAUUGUGGACUUCCUUUGGGCUGAUGCUUUCUGCCCCAUGUUUCUGACUUGAAAUUUCUAAUCUUGCUUUCUUUUCAGACACAGUUUAACUUAGCGAUCUGCCGUAGUCUGUCCUAUCUCCUGACAAGGGUUUUUACUUUUCAGUUGUCUUGUAAGCACAACUUAUUCCCUUAUCUCACCUACCUUUAUCAAACCAUUUUCAUCUCAAACUUCCUUAAUUUGAAAUUCCCUCAUGUAUUGUCUCUUUCUCUAAAGCCCCACACCUACAAACAAGCACUUGGUCCUGUUCUCAGUGAUAAGGACUCCCCAGUUCGAUUUGUUUGGUCUUAAAGAGCCUCCUGGACUCUGCCAGUCAGCUAUUCAAGGAGCAUCCAUUCACACACAAGCUUAGAGAGAAGGCACACAAAUGGUCUCCACGUUAGAAGUGCUGGUUGAGGUCUUUUCUUUUGCAUCUGUCAUUCUGUCUGCUCUCUUGCUGGUGGGGUUUUUUAGAGGCAUAUAGGAGGACUCAGAUUUGCCCAAAUAGGUAAACUGAGGCACUCCUAUCAUUCUAGAGUCCUGGACAAGCCCUCAUCUGUGUAGUGAAAUUAUGGGGGGCCUUGUACCCCCAGGAAUCACUCUAAUGAGCAGACAGAAGACGAUGCUGGCAGAGGUCACGUGGCUUUAUUCAGAGGCGUGGGGCAAAGAGUGAGGGAACACUGCCUGGGCCUAGACAGCAUCCUUACAAGGGUGGGGCAGGGAAGAGACAAUACCACCUGGGCAUAGAUAGUAUUCUCACAAGGGUGCGGCAUAGGGACAGAGAGAGACACACACACACACACACACACACACACACACACACACACACAUACUCCAGCCUCAAAAGUGGGUACCAAUGUCUAGAUUUGCUCAGAUUUUAUAGGGAUCCAACAUAAUGCCAGCUCCACUUUCCGUAUCUUAUUCUAACCUCUUUCUUCUAUCCUCCUUAAUCCUUUCCAAUGCUUCUGACAUUUCCAAGCAUAUGGGAAUAUUCCUUAGUUUUACAGUUUUUAGGCCUGUCCAAGGAUUUAUCUAAUUGCAACAAUUCUUCAGGCUAUAGCAUCACAACAUUUCUUGGGACAUGUAGUCAAGAUUAUAACUUGUAAAUUUUGACAUUUCUCUCAUAGGAAUUAGGUCACCCCUAAACUCAGGGAAACAGAAAAAGGGGGGGAGUAGUCUUGUAGCCACAUUUGAAAAGAAUAUAUUAAAGGCUUACAUUAUUAUAUAUAUAUACAUAUAAAGCUGCUUGGGAAGGGGGUUUCUUCUACUAUUCAAAAGGAGACAUGGAUAUGUGCUAGUGGAGGGCACCUAGUUUCACUAUUUUUCUAUAGGAAGUUAGCAAUCUAUGAUUACUAAUACUAUUACUAUUGGGGAAUAAUUCACAAUUUUCAUCCCACACAUCUAGAUGUCUACUUAAUGUGACAAAUUUGUGAACCACUUUGAUAAAGACAUUUUUUUAUGCUUUAGACGAAUGUGUUUGGAAACCUUUUCUGUUAUUUUCUUAGAAAUAUUGCUUUUUUUUUUUGCUUAGGUCUUCAUGAGCCAUAUUUUCUACUUGGUCCCAGCAUUCCAAAUUUCUGUUAUGAACAAGAGAAUUAAGUCUUGGUUUGCCCAGGAGGCAAAACAUUUUCAUUUUUUCAUUGUUAUUCAGAAGCCAUUUUGGUUUAAAAAUAUUUUAAAGCAUUGGUCAGUAUUCCUGGUGUCAGUAAUUGGAUCCUUAGAUCAUGAUAUUAAAGCAAAACAGAAUAGAUCCUUAUUAUUCACGGAGUUAGCAAAUUUCUUCAAGAAUUAAAUAUCUUUUUUUAAUAUAGGUAAUCCAGUUAAAUAGUAUUGCUUUUAUGUCAGGUUGUUUUAAAGUACCAUGGAAUAAGAGAAAGACUACAGUGGGAUUAUAUUAAUUUCAGUUCUUGUAGCUUUCAUUAAAUAGUUUGAGAUUAAAUAUGCACAAAUUAUAACUGUAAAUUGAAACUUAGCUGAAAUGAAAUACCUAUGCGUUAUGUGCCUGAACUGGGUGUACACCGGACAGCCAUUUUCCCUACUUCCUUGCAUUCUAUAUUUGUUAGCUUUUCAGAGAUGAGAAUAUCUUUAGAAAUUUGGCACAGAAACUGGAUUCCAUCUUGACUUGGAGGAAAAACCAGUAAGUGACAAAUGUGUGCUAAUGAUACAAUCAUUUGAUUCUUUUAUAGUAUAUUAGAUUUCAGGAAGUUAGUUGAAAAAUGCAGUUAAUGGCUUCAUUAUUUUUUUAAAAAUGCCUUUUUGAGAGGAUAUCUCUUAAUUCACUAACUUGAAUGUUAUAUAUAGCCAGCUUUAUGUUUUGAGGUGCAGUGCACUGAGAACAUUCUGAAUUAUUUGGGGGGAAAAUUAUUUUGUAGGUGCUUUUAAUGUGUAACUUUUGUGAUUUAAAAAUGUUAGCUGAAGCAUUUUAUAUUUAACCAGCAUAUUCCAAAAGGCAAGAGUCCUAUUGCAUGCUUUUCUGUAAGCUUAUGUCAAGACAUAGCAGAUGAGUGAUUUAUCAAAUGAUGACACACUUCUGUGAAAGAUGGGCAUUUGAAAAAGUGUGAGUGCCUCAUAGAACUACUGUGAAUAGAAGAGUCUGGAUGUUUGAAAACUAAGGGAAUUGGAUUCUUUUUUAAUUUUUAAAUACUUAUGUUUCAUUCUGUACUAACAAAAUAUUUUCAUUUGCUUAUUUGUGUUUGCAAAUUAAAGGCUUUUAUUUUUCUAGUAAAAAUGAUAGUUAAGUUCAAAUCAUGAAAAACUGUAAGCAGAAUUAAAGUCAUACAUAUGGUAUGGUAUUUUAAAAAAGAAUUUCAGUAAUUUGUAAGUUUGAAUAUUUAGUAUCUGCAUUUGCAAAGAUUUAUGGGUCCUUCUGAAGUUUCUUGAAGAGUUCUUAGGCUUCAGUGUAUGUAAAAAACAUUUUGUCUUUUCCCUUUUCCCCUUGUACUCCCAACAAACAAACCCAACUCAAUCCCAGACUUAAAUAGCUUGAUUACUACUUGAUUAGCUCAGAAUGCUUUUGUAUUAUGACUAUAUAGUAUGAAUUUUAAGUUUGGAAAGUAUGGUUAGCAGCUGUCUUGGUAUUUUGUGGAAGGAAUAAGUUGUUGUAGGGCAUUAAUAAAGUAAUUUCAGGAGCUACAUUUAUUUUUAUGACCAUUAUAGAAAGUCUACAUUAAAGCUAGGUAAUAGUUUAUUUUCCCUUGUAAAACACUAGCCCAGUGAAUGUAAAACUAAACAUUUUUCUAAUGCUAAAACUUUCUCCAGCUCUGAAUAAAAUUAAUUGCAUUUAAUUGAGAUUGCAUAUAAUUCAAUCUCCAGUUGAACCUAAUGGAAAAUAAAUUUUUUUCCCUCUUUUAAAAACCAUCACAGUGUUUGGAACUUAGUUCCCUUCUCUGUUGAUACUGGACCACUUGAGCCAAACUGAAAUACUAGAAUUAAAAAUUAAGGUGAGCUUUUAAUAAUUGUUAUCCUCCAUAGAGGAAAAUAAUUAAGGGUAGUUAAGCACUUUGAGCUAAUUUUUUAAUGGUAGUAAUGGAUUUGUGCUGAACUAUGUCUUAUUUAUUUUCCCUUUCAAAAUAUGGCAUUUGUGCAAUGGCAGCCUUAUGAUUUCUAUCUAUGAUCUUGACUUCAUUAGUCACAGCUUUUGAGCUAACUAAAGACACAUUAAAAUUUUUAGUAUACUGUUGACUUUUGUGACUAACAUGCCAUAUUCACAAUCUUUUGGGGACACACACUUCAUUUCUCCUAAUGUGCUCACAAACACUGUUUCUAUUUGAAACCAAUUGUAUAUAUUUUUUUAAGUGAUUAAAAUAUUAGAAGAGUGGUUUGUGGGCCUUAAGUAUAAGGGCAAAGCUAACUGGCCUGCAUAUGAUUUGUACUUUUCCUGGCCUCAAUUAAGUCAUUAGCAUUUUAUAAAUGAGUAAAAAAACAUUGUGAUACAAAGUUGAAACUUACCUCUAAAAUUCAAGACUUGUCGCAAGUUACACAGCAAGGUCCUUAGACUGCACAUUAUUAAAGAGAAGUUACUCGAAUAAGAAAAUGAUGAGGGGUUAGAGAAUACCCUGCUUUCUUGUAGAUCUUACAGUUAGCGCAGUGGUUGAGCCUCUAAUUUAGGUAGCAUUGUAGAAAAAUGAUCUGUGAGGCUGGCCAAGGGAGAAAAGGGAGUUGCAUAUUAGAAGCUAAUAGCACCUCACCUUACUUUAUACAAUGGGAGAAUUAAGUCUAAAUGUAUGUAUCUAGUUUUUUAGGGUGGGUAGAGGCAAAAGGAGCUCAGAAGGUUUGUAUGUUAUUUGCUGGGAAGAACAAGUGAUGGGACCUGGUCAGUCCUUUGUAGUCUUGCUAGGCCACUUUCACCUUUAAAUUAAACAUAGUAUUGACCAUUCUCUUGGAAGAGCAAAGUGGAAGCCACUAAUUUCCAGCCAUAAGGAUUAUGAGAUCCUUUUAAACUCUCUAUGUUGUGAUUUGAGUAGUCUCUCUUAGAGCUUUAGAGUGAGUGUACAUUAAGGUUUCAUCAUAGUCCUCCGUCCCCUCCACAAAUAAAAUAGAAUGCAACUCCGAACUUGAGCAGCAUGAAGAAGCAGAUUGUAGAAUGUUAUUUCUUCUCUUCCUGUCUUUAUAGAAUACCUGCAGGGAAUUAGCCACUCUGCUUUGCAAGAAAGGUAUUUCCCUUAAACAAGAAAAGUUAUUUCCCUUCCAAGGAGGAAAAAGCUUAGUUGGUUUGGUGAAGUCACCCUACACUGUUGAGUCUUGCAAACCAUAAGGAUGUCAAACUGAUUUAUUAGGAGGUGAGGUAGCGGGGGAAAUCUCUGGAUUUGGGAGAUGAGCAGUAUAAUUUUCUUUACCAAUGAUCAGAUUUAUUUUGUAAAUCCAUCACUGAGAAUGUUAAAAAUCUUUUUCAUUUAGAAGACUGGGUACAUUUCCCAUAAAUUCUGGGGUAGCAUAUUUGUAGUAUAGAAGAAUUUAAUAUUUUUAUUAUUAUUUUUGUAAGCAUUGUACAUAUUAGGCUCUGACAUAUUAGACUUUUAUGAUAUAAGCUACAGUGUAAAAACUCAGUACCUUUCUGCACUGUUAUUCAUUUCUUAUCCUUGGAGAAAGCAGGUGUCACACGUGCUAAAUGACUGGGCCUUACUCUUCUGUUAGCACUUGGAUCUUAGUAUGCAGACAUUGAAUUCAGAUGACAAGGUUCCUAUCUGAAAAUUAAAUUUAGAAAACUGACUAUUGUCCAAUUUAAAAUUGUGUAUGACUUUUAGAGCAUGUUAAUAGCAGCUGGUAUUUACACAGUACAGUUCAUGUACUGUCCUUGUGCACUGAUGACUAAAGCACAAAAGACACACUUUGUGCAGUCCACUACUGUUCAAGCAGGCUGUGGUUUUUCUGAGCCACUCUGAAAACUGGCCUCUGUAGCAUUUAUUUUAUCAUCUGGACUAUGAAAAAAUAAACCUAAUUGCAAAUAUGUUCAGAGAACAGUUUUGCUGACAGCAUUUAGAUUAAAACCUGGAAAGAAAACAAAUAAGGGGAUUUCUGUGUGCCAACUCCCCAACACUGUGAAAAGGGCUUAAAAAUGAAUUCAGGCCAUGUUACUUUUUCUGUUGUGAAGGGUAUAGUAUAUAAAUUUAAGAAAACGGAUGGCAGUUCAUAAAGUGUACGGUCCCUCCUAGAAAAAGCAAUAAAGUACCACCAUUCAAGCAUCUGUGAAAUGCAAAUACCAUUUUUACUUCACUAAAUGUAAUGAAUCUUAAAAACCAAUCAAAGGUUACUUAAAUGAAACCCGAAUUAGUGACUUUUUUCUGUUCUUUUCUUCUUUUAGAUAUUAAGAAAUUUUGCAGGGGGAUUUGGGGGACAAAUAAAGCCCUCUUGUGGUCAGUGAAAUUAUUUUUACCUCUAAACUAUAGAUUUGGUUUAGAGGCAGAAAGGAAUGAAGCUUGGAGUGCUUUGGAUAUGUGGUGCUCUGUUCAUGGAAAAACCUAAAAAUUUUUUGUGCCCUCUUCAUGGAAAAACAAUUUUUUUCCCCUUUAACCCAAGAAUAUGGGAAUAGAUUAGUCUUCAUUUUUUUACAAAGGACUUUUGUAGUUUUAGAGAAAUUGAAGGUGUUGGAAAUUCAGUUGUUUAGUGAAACAUUUCAUUAAAAAACCUACACAUAAAGGAAACUUAGUGAUUAAACAGUAAUACAUGCCCUCUUACAUUCUUAUAAAAGCAUGUAUAGAAUUGUCAGCAAAAUAAAUUGAAUCUUUUUAAAGAAGAGUAAGACAAGUUUAUAUUAAUUUUUUUCUAGUAAUGAUUUGGCUUAUAAUAGAUGAUUUUGCAUUUAAUUUCUAAUUAAAUUGUAGCAGUGUUUUGUUUUAUUUUUUUACCACCUUCUAGGGUUACUAGAUCCUUGGAGAACGGUUGUAUGAAAACAUAACAUUUAAAGAAAUCUAUCCAGGGCUACAAUAAAAUUCUUCCAUUAUUUCUUUGUUGUUAAGGGAUACUAAUCCAUAAAUACAGAUACCAGAGGAGGAACCAGUGUAAUCCUCAAUCAUUUUCAUCUCGGAGCAAGGCUAAAUACUCGCUGAUUAAGUUUUGUUGUUAAAUUUAAUCUUCGUAAGUGGUUGAAUAUCGGAUAAAGCCAAGUUAUUAUGAUUGAGUUUUACUUAUGGGUUUCUUCCCCACCUAAAUCUUACUAAAAUUCACUUGCUCUGUGGAUAAAGGACUCAUUAAUCCUGAAGCUUAUUGGGUAGAUAGCUUUCAAGUAAAGGUUUGUAAGGAAUUGUGGUGAUGAAACAGUAUUUCUACAAUUUGAGACGAGUCCAAAAGAAUACUCUGAACCAUUCCUCAACAAAAUGAGCAAAAAGCAUGUAUUAAGUUAGCCUAUCCUGAUUAUUUAAGGGUUUUCUUAUGUAAAUAACAUCUAUUCAGAAUUAAAACAUAUUUUUGUAUUUUGUUUGUUUAGUUAUGGAUUUUUUUUGUAUUUUAAAACUUUUUUAUUGCUGAGUAUUUAAGUAUUGCUUUUUUUCUAUCUAAUUGUUUAUGUAUUAACUUGAAGUGAAAAGAUUACUGUUUGCCAUGUGACACAUCAAUAAAGUUUUUAGCUCUGGCAAUUUAA